CUGCAAAAUCGUGACCUUGCCUCCGCCCCCCUCUGACCCUGCUGCCCCUUUCAGAGUAUGUAGGUACUCUGGGGCAUUUUAAGUCAUGCUUCAGAAGUGGAAACAAAGGGCAAGACCUUAAGUGUUAAACUUCUUCAUUCAACGAAUUAGAAUAAUUUCUAGAACCAAGGUACAAUAGGCAGUUCCUUCCAAGGAGAUGUCGAUUCCAUUCUCCAACACCCACUACCGAAUUCCACAAGGAUUUGGAAAUCUGCUUGAAGGGCUGACACGCGAGAUUCUGAGGGAGCAACCAGAAAAUAUACCAGCUUUUGCAGCAGCAUACUUUGAAAAUCUUCUAGAGAAACGAGAGAAAACCAACUUUGACCCAGCAGAAUGGGGGACUAAGGUAGAUGACCGCUUCUAUAACAACCAUGCUUUCAAGGAACAUGAAUCACCUGAGAGUUGUGAGUCUGAAAAAGAAAAGUCUAGCACAUCUGUGAAAGAGGACGAGACACCAGUCAAAGUCUUAGAAACUUCUGAAGAAGAAGAAAGAGAGAACGCUGCUCUCAAAAUUCAAGCAGCCUUCCGGGGAUACUUAGCCAGAGAGGAGGUGAAGAAAAUGAAAUCAGGUGAGGCUCAAGAAGAGAAAAGAGAAGAAAACGAGUGAGAAGACUGGUUUUACUCCCCCGCUCCCCAGGGGAAAAAAAAAAACAAAAAACACAUGAGCAAACCAUCCAGAUCCAUCAACCUCGCUGUGAUUGUUGUUUUUUUUUCUUAGGAAGGGAGAUUUGAUGUAGUGAAAUAACAUUUGUUGCUGUUAUGAAAAUCUGUCAUGAGCGUUUGUUUAAUAAACAUGCCAUUGAACACA